CCCAUCACGUGCGACCCGUGUUCUUCCUUCGAGCGCUGCCAUUUUUACCGGUCAGAGACAUAGGAGGAGAAAGAGAGAUUUCUUCAUGGCGACUUCAAAGCUUCAAGCGCUUUGGAACCACCCAGCAGGCCCUAAAACCAUUCACUUUUGGGCACCAACUUUUAAGUGGGGCAUCAGCAUUGCCAAUAUUGUUGACUUCUCUAAGCCACCAGAGAAACUUUCUUAUCCCCAGCAAAUUGCGGUCACUGCCACUGGACUUAUCUGGUCGAGAUACAGCACUGUGAUCACUCCGAAAAACUGGAAUCUUUUCAGUGUAAACGUUGCAAUGGCAGGGACGGGCAUCACCCAACUUACUAGGAAAAUUCAGCAUGAUUAUUUUUCAGAAGGAGAAGCUGCUCCUGCCAAGGAAUGAUGAUUGAUGACGAAAAAUCUUCACUAUUUGAAGAGUCUUCUGGUUAUGGGCUCUCUGUACCUUGUUCCCUCCCCAAAAUCAAGAACAUAAUAAUACGUUUGGUUGUCUUAUUUUUAGCUGUUUCAGGAUGUAAUUUGUCACUUUGCUUCCUUAUGCAUUCAGCUCCUAUGCAUUCAGCUCCUCAUUUUGCAGGAGUCGAUAGAGAGAAUUGCAUCUUGCAUCAGCACGCAGCCUCUCUUUUUUAUGAAAAAGACUACUUUCACAA